AUUUUUUUGAUGGAGAUGGUUAAUAAGGAGUAAUUGAAAAAGCUCAACAAUUAAUUCAAAUCAGCAAAUACAGUAUAUGCAAAAAGUCAAGUUGUGAAUUAAUUGUUGAAUUCAAAUUAAGAGAUUUUAAACAUGUAAAAAAAUAAUGAGAGUUUAUUUUAGGUUCGGAUAAUCAAGUUAAAUGAAGAUGAUUACUUAAUACUUGAAAGAAUCUUUGAAAUGCAUUUCAGCAAAUGAAGAACUUGUAGAUAAAAUAUUUAUGUUAUUGCUGAGAAUGAAUUUAAAUGAUGAAAUGCUUAGAGAAUGUGAGAUGGGACAUUUGUUAAUAAAAAUAAAAGAAAAAAAAUUAUUGGAGAAUUAACGAUCUAAUGUUGGUGAUUAACUCUAAUAAAAAUGGUUAAGAAUUAAUGCAAUGUAUAGAAAUGCUUUAGAAGAAAUAAAAAAAAAUAUGAAUUCAAAGGAUAAAUAUGAAGAGCGUAAAAAGAAAGUAAAAAGAAAUUAAUCAUCAAGUUCAAAUGAAUCAUCAAAUAAAAAGAAAAAAAAUAAAAAGAAAAGUGUUAGGUAUUAAAUUUAAGAAAUUAUUAGAUUUGCAAGAGAUGGUAUACUAAUAAAUUAUAAAUAUUUUAAAAGAGAUGAUGAACCUAAUUAAAGAGGAAUGACAAUUGAGGAAGUAAUGGCUUUUCAAAAAUAAUAUCCAGAAGAAUUGAAAAGACUUAAAUAAAUAAAUGGCUAUGAUAUAAAACAUAGAGAAUCUAUAAUGGAAGGAUAAGAACAUAAAUUAUAGUUAGAUAAUAUUUAACAUAUGAUAGAAUAAAUUCCAUUUAUAAAACCUUUUAGUAAGUUAUACAUAAAAUAGAUUAGAAUUACGUCCAACCUUUUUUGAACCUUAUGAUACUAAUUUCAAAGAGACUUAGAGAUAAUAAAUAAGAACUGAAUCUAAAAUGUCAGCAUUCUAUAAUAGAGAUGUAAAUUUUUUUAUUAAUUUUCAUUUAUAAUAGAUUCCAGAAUAGCCCGGUUAUAAUGAAAUUUCAAAUACACAAUCCGGUAUUCAACCUAAAAUUAUUCAUUUGGAUCCUCCUAAAAGAGAAGAUCUAAUGUUUAUGGUUUAAGUCAUCUGCAAUCGUGGUUUUACUGAACUUUAAGAAAAACAUAAAAAUGCUAAUAAAAAAUAAAUCAAAGGCAUUCUAAAGAAAAUUGAAGAAGAACAAUCAUAAGAAAAGGAUGUUAUACUCAAUUAGGCUAAAUAGGAUCUCUAACCAAAAAUGCAAUAAUUGGUUUAGAUGGUUGAGUAAAAAUAAAAUCAUAGCCAGGAAAGCAUUCGUAAUAUUAUUAAUUUAUUUAAGUAACUUUAUUACAUGAUAUUAUAUAAAAAUUAAAGGAAAUUGGUGAGGAAUAAUAUAUAAAAAAUUUUAAAUCAAUCCUUGAAAAUAAGUUGAAUGACUAAUAAUAAAUUAUAAGUGAAUAGGAACGUUUUAAAUCCCAAUAAGAAUUGUAGAGAAUUCGAAUUGAACAAUUAUAAACUAUCAAUCCUGUUCAAGCUCAGAGAUUAAGAGCAUACAAAACCAAAAAUUGUCACAAUUAUCAUUCUUCUAUUGGCUGUACUAGAGGAGAUAAUUGUAAUUUCAUUCAUGACUCUCGUUUUCCUGGAAAACCUGCUCCCAUUCUUUAACAUCCCAAUUUCCUAAAUAAAACCCUUUAACAUUAGCCAUCUAUGCAAUUAAUCAUCCCUCCUCUGCUUUAAUAGCUAAAUCCUGCCAUAUUACUUGGAAAACUUAAAAAGUAUGACAGUUUAUGAGUUGAUAUUUAUUAAAAAU